AUGGCUCUGACAGGGCAGUUCCUGACACAAGUGCGCAAAUUUCUUGCAAGUCGUGACGGGGAGCAGCUGCGGCAAUGGCUGCUAGUCGAGCCCCCUGUUCCUGACCACUACCACAUGCUCGCGCAGGAGCUUCGCGGUACGGCCUCGAUCGAGAAGCUCGUUGAACAGCAUUUACCAGAGGAAGAUGAUGUCUCAUCCGAGUCUGGGACUGCCUGGCCCGGUUUCAAUGCCUUCAUGGUGGAUUAUCUCAAUUAUUGGCGGGAUGUGGACUUUGAGGAUCUGCUGCGUGCCCAUGAGCUGCUCAUGGGCCUUACAAACUCAUGCACUACAGCGCUGAAUCAUCCUACAUAUGGUAUCAUUAUGCUGCAGACCAGUGUAGCACUCUGCGGUUCACUUUCAAAGCUCUCCAUGACGCUUAAUAAACGUCCUGAUCUCACCAGAAAGUUGCAGACCAUUGAUACGAGCGGUGGUGACGAGGAAGAAAAGUCCAUCAUUGACAAGGCGGCUGAAGUGAUGCAGAGGGUCUUUACUUCCUGCUUAACCGACAGGACGAGUGACAGACUCUCGAAGCCAGAGGGGAAAAAGGUUGGCGUGUAUACUUUUGCCAACAUUACGCUAAAACUCCUUUUUGCUUGUCGCAAAACAUAUCUCGCAAAGACAAUCUUUAUGAACAUCACAUCCAAGUCGCCACCACUGUCAUUCUACCCCGCCGCUCAACGGGUCACAUAUCUCUACUACCUGGGGCGCUUCCAUUUCAUCAAUAACCACUUUAGUCAUGCGGCUCAAUGCCUGGAGCAGGCCUAUCUCCAGACACCGCCCGUUUUUCAGAAACAUCGCAGGCUGGUCCUGACUUAUCUGGUUCCCUGCAAAAUGAUACUUGGUUAUCUGCCGUCCCCGAAUCUACUCCAAAGGCCAGAGGCUGCCACUCUAGCCCCGAUAUUUUCGCAGCUUUCCCUAGCCGUCCGGACGGGCAAUUAUCUACUGUUUCAGUCCACCAUUUCAGCCAACGAAAAGUGGCUGUUCCGAAAGGGUCUCUUGUUGACCCUCAUUUUCAGGCUGCGGCCCUUGUUAUGGCGCUCGCUAUCUCGACGCACAUUCCUCCUAACCUACAUAGCGACCCCCAUGGACCCCAGCGCACCAUCCAACAAGGCCGCAACGCUGGACCUUUCACAUCUUCUCGUGGCAGCGACAUAUAUACAGAAGCGCCUCGAGGGUUACGUUCCAUCUGAGAUGGCACCCCGGCAGAGGCCGCCGCACGUAAACGCCAUGUUUAUGAAAGCCGUCACGAACAGCGGGAUGCCUGAAACCGACGCCCACAGUACCCUCGUACCUCCACCAGGUGGGCCCAAGAAGCUGCGGCCCAAUGACGGACUUAUUUGGGGCAACAUGGCUCCCACAGCAGAGCAUGUGGAAGAUGUGGUUGCCUCGCUUGUUGCCCAGAGUUUGUUACACGGCUACGUUGCGCAUUCGCUGGGUCGGUUUGCCAUCAUGGGUGCAGCUAAAAAGGGCAGCCCCGUAGCAGCAGGAUGGCCGAGUGUGGCCAAAGUCAUUGGACAAACCGAUGAUGAUGUGCCGGGAUGGGUGAAAGGGUAG